AUGAAUUUCCUGAGGAAUAUAAUUAAUGGAAUAAAAACAACAUUUCUAAGAGAUUCUAGUAUUCCUAAAUCAAGAUAUGUAAUUUUAAAUAAAUUACACUCAGCUCGAUUUAGUAAAGUGUAUCAUUGUAGAUUAAGAGAGUCAGGAAAAGAAGUCUGUGUUAAAAUUUAUCAGGUUAGAGAAAAAGAACGGAAUAAUGAAGGAUUAGAAAUGCAAAUAUUAAAUGAGAUUAGUAUAUUAAGAAGAGUAAAUCAUCCAUGUAUAUUAGGAUGUUUGAAUGUAUACUUAACAUCUCAUCGAGCAGUGAUGGAAAUGGAAUAUAUGAAUGGAGGAGAUUUGUUUGAUUAUCUUGUAAAGAAUGGAAUUCAAAAUGAACGAGUAGUUCGACAAAUUGCUAUACGAUUAAUGAGUGCAGUGAAAUAUCUUCAUAGUGUGAAUAUUACACAUAGAGAUAUUAAAUUAGAAAAUAUGUUACUUGAAAGAUUCAAUGACAUUUCUUCAGUCAAACUUAGUGAUUUUGGAUUAUCAGUUGAAACAGAAAAAGAAACAUUAAUGACAGAUCAAGUAGGAACUUCUUAUUAUAUGGCACCUGAAUUAUAUCGAAGAUUACCUUAUGGUAAUAAAAUAGAUUGUUGGUCAUGUGGUGUUGUUAUUUACAGUCUUCUUUAUGGAACAUUUCCAUUUGCUGGUGAAGACCAAGAAUUAGUUUCAAAUAUAUUAAGAGGAAAAGUGAGAUUUCCAAAUGAUAUCAAAAUAUCUGAUGAUUGUAAAGAUUUUAUUUUAGGACUUUUAACUGUAAAAGCUUCUUCUCGUCUUUCUUCUCAGCAAGCUAUUGAACACCCUUUUAUUGAUGGAAAUGAAAUAUUAGGAAGUACACUCAUAGAACAUGGUAAUCUUUGUAAUUGUCAUUCAGAAAGUCUCUUAAGUCAACUCACAACAACAACAACCAAUGAUUCGAGCCAAGAUCAAAAUUCUACUUCAUAUGAAUGA